AUGUUAUUAACCAAACUCUCGGAAGAGCGUCGCGAAUGUGUGCUAUUCUGUCAAGGACGAAUGUUUUGCUCAUGUGGCGAUCAAUUCGACGAUGUCUGUGAAUUAGAGAAUCACUUUGUCCGUCAUGAUCGGCCAACCAAAAACUGGCCUCUUAAUUUCCGUGACAUCCAACGUGAAUUGGUUGAGCUCGCUCAACGUCUGAAUGAUAAACGUGCUGCUUUGUCUGACGAAUUGCACGGAUCCACGCGGUCUUUGAUACGGUUGUCGGUCCCGGAAUCUAACCGAUAUGUGCUCUUAGGAGAAUCCCAAUUGAAUGUGGCUCCAUUGAAUCGUGUCAAGUGUUCGGAAUGCGGCCAAGUUUGCCUUUCGUUUUCCGAACUUCAGGAUCAUUUCCGACAAUGGCAUCCACGGCAAUGGCAACCGACUCAAGAUAAUCUUCGAAUUUUGACGCAACCCGCCUUUACCAAGGAAAAAGGCCUUAAAUACGCGUAUUUCUGUCCAAUUCCUGGGUGCAAGUAUCAUGUGCUUAAUGCAAAAUCAUGUCCGAUGGCUUCGCUCAAACUGUUGAAACAACAUUACUCCAAGGUUCAAUCUAAACGAACGGAGUCUUGUGAAAGAUGCGCUAAAACGUUUGUGAAUCCAGAUGACUUGCAACGGCACUGGAAAGGAUGUGUUGGUCAAUCGUUCCAAUGCUCGUUUUGCCCAGCUUCUUAUAGCUCUUUUGAAACACUUCAAACGCAUUCGCGUCGGAAACAUAAGAUUUCGAUUGGAAAACGCAGUCGGAAAGUUAAAAACUUGGGCCUUGAUUCGGCGGAGUAUCGCCCAGCCGUGCCUCUUCUGAACGAACGAGGACAAGUCAAAAUUGCCCCUCGGCCUUCGUAUUUACAUCUCAAUGCCGCUUUGGCCCUGAGCGAGCUCUCGUCGUCGCAAAAAGUCUCGCUGAAAGUCAAUCGAGGCAUCCAAAAAGACUUUGAACGCCAAGCCUUGACAUCUAGUCUCCAUCAACAUGCAACGUUCGAAGAAGGGGUGAAGCGAUCCGCCGAAACUCAAACCGGCACCACACCGGUCAAAAAACAACUUUCAAGGCUGAUGGAUCCGUUGCAAGUGAUAUUGACGACCGAGGAGCAACAAACCCAAACUCCCACCCGAAGAGAUUUCGAUGAAGGUGCUUUUUCCGAUGUUGCUCUCGCACUACGAUCGGAGCGACCGGUUUGGGCAGCUAGUAGCACGCAAACGAGUCCGAGGAUCCCAGAUACAUGCAACUCAUUGAUUAAAGAUUGUUUGUUACCAUCGGAUGGAGUGAGGUUGGCCGAAUCAGGCAAUUCUAGCCACACCAAUUCGAUCUCAACUUCCACCGUGAAGGAAGGGGCACUUCAACGUCCACCCAAAUUGGCCGACAUCGAGCAAUUUUCCACAGAGACUCAAACGGAUUUCGUGUCUCAAGGUGUGGGCGAAUCGACGGAUUGGGAUCUGUCCUUUGAGCAAUUCGACGCGGGCACCCAAUUCGAUCUAGACGAUAUCUUAUGCUCAAAUUACACUCAAACAGUGAUGGGCACGGAAUUGGAUCUGGCUGAAAGCCACACGUCCUGUCACGUGGCUGAUAUGAUCAAUGCCGUUCAUUCGAUUGAGACCCAGACGAUAUCCGACCAAAUAAGCAAAGCCCAGUCCUCGAUGGAGACUCAAACCGUCUUGGAGGAGUUCAUUUGAAUGCCCACUUGAAGAAGUGAUGUAAUACUGAAUGAUGAAUGAGUUGAGGAAACAAUAGUACUAAUACCAAUCCGAUUGAGGUU